AUGCAUCAGAGGAUGAAAAGCGACAUCAGAUUCGAUUAACUUAAGCUUGAUUACUUAUAAGCAAAUAGUUCCAAAAUACUAAAAUCAGAACAAGACUCAACCUAACCUUCAUAAACAUUAAUUGUUUAAGGAAACUUUCUUGAAAAUAAAACAGACAGACAACUAUCCCCCAUCAUCAACAGCUUUAGACCAAGACACAGGUUGAAGUAAUGCCAGUCUCUUGCUUUGGAUAAUGACCCCGAUCUUGAAGAGUUUUCUAUUUGGGGUGAUUUGGAAGAGUUGCCUGUCGGAAAUGAUUAAAACAACCAUAUAAUUUCCUUUUUGGAAUUAUACAAGUAUCGAUAUGAAAAAACAACUAAGAAACCAGUAUCUUGUUACAACGUUAUUCUGAUGACCAAAAAAUUGAUAAACAGACAUUCAAUAGCUAGGUUAAAAUACUAUGGAAUAAACAAAAUAUAAUGGAUAGAUUUUAGGGACUGGAGUAGAUCAGGCAAUCUUAAUUCUUUGUGA